AUGAAGAGGGCCAUUUCUAACUGGUGCAGAAAGACUAGAGCGUCUUUCCGGUCCCUUCGGCGCGGAUCAAAUGAUCACCAGCCGAGUAGUGAGAUUCAGAGGCUCUCCAAGUACGAAAAGUACAUGGAAACCGACGCGCAAAAUUUGGCGUCAGUCAAUAGUAAUGCAAAGUCGCACAAAUCCCGGACAUGGGGUCUCCUGCGAAAAUCCGCCUCCUCUAGUCCCCGCGUCUUUGGUGUCAAUCUAGCACGGCUUGACGAGAACGGCUUGCCCAAGCCGGUCCUCGUCAUGCUGCAGCAGCUCCUCGCCAAGGGUCCCUCCACCCAAGGCAUCUUCCGCAAAUCCGCCAAUUUGAGGGUGGUCCGGGAGCUCAAGGACCAGAUUGAGUCCUCGGGAGACACCAGCUGCCUCGAGGACGCGUCCGUACUUGCAGUGGCUGCCCUACUCAAGGACUUCUUGAGAUCCCUGCCCGACCCCCUCCUCACCUCUCACCUCUUCUCCCUGUGGAUGGCCAGCCUCGAGUCUCCGGACCCGCUCAAGACGAUCAAAAGCAUUUUGGACCGUCUGCCGAGGGCAAACUAUACGCUGCUGUCGCACUUGAUCCAUGUGCUGCACCACAUAGCCCGGCGCUCGAAGCACAACCUCAUGUGCGCGAGUAACCUCGGCGUGUGCUGUGGGCCAAGUCUGCUCUGGUCCAAGAGUCUCUCGGUAAACCAGAGCCGGGCGAUUCCUGCCCUCGUGGAGAUGCUUAUCCAGCACUGCGAGGUCCUGUUUGGUGAAGGGGUUGAACUCGACCUGCUUUUCGGCGCCAAGCCAAGCGACAGCGGAGCCGAAGACAGCACUGACAGCCUACACUUAGCUGAUGGAAUUUCCCUGGACAAUCUCUGUUUGACAGAACCUCUACGCAAAGAUUGCUUGUCCUUGUCCACGUAUUCUGGGCUGGCGCUGUCGGACUGUGAGAUCUUUGUCCCUGAAUCGCCAGUGGAUUCCGAGGACUCGGCUGUCAAGCUUCGAAAGGCCGUGAAAGAAAACGUCGAGAACCCCAAGGAGGAGGUCCUGUACCGGUGGAGGAUCAUAAAAUUCACGGACAUCAUAGUAGACUACAGUAAGUCGGCACAACAGGACGCCAGGCUGCACGACUUUGGCAAAAGAGACAUCGGCAGCGAUAACAGUAGUAGUGGCAGUUGCAUAAUCGGUAACAAUGAGGAUGAUGAGCACAAGCAAACGUGGCCGGAGACGCCGCCACCUUUGCCUCCGCGACGCCGGCACUCGAAGCCCGUCAAUCCUAACUUCUAG